ACCAAGCUCCGGUCUCUUGGUUGGUUUACCGUUGAGAAGAAAGGAGCGGUGUCUGCUUUGCUCCGCUUUCCAGAGGGUCGGUGUAAGAGAUGUUGUUAACGUUGGCGGAACCCAGCUUCAUUUCCCAUUUUCUUUCCCAUUCCCAACAAUCCGGACAUUCGUUUCCUCGGAAAUUGCAUUCAAGAAUUGGGUUUUGUAAAUUUGUAAGAAAAAUGGGGAUUAGAAUGAUGGCCGUUGGUGCUAGUAAAGAUUCUUCGGAAGUUGGGCAACUUUACCUUGGGAUGGACUUUGGCACAUCUGGGGCUCGGUAUGCGCUUAUCGACAAGCAAGGAAGGAUCCAUGCUGAAGGGAAAAGAGAAUACCCGCAACGUAUUGUUGAAGAUGCAAUAGACUGGGCAAGCUCUUGGAACGAAACACUUCUCUUGCUACUUGAAGAUCUUCCAGUUAGUCUUCGUCCAUAUGUUACUUCUAUAUCUAUAGAUGGGACUUCUGCUACAACUCUUAUAAUUGACAGCUCCACAGGAGCACUCUUAUGCAGACCUUUUCUUUAUAAUGAAAGCUGCCCUGAUGCUUUAGGAAUUGUUAAGUCCAUUGCUCCUGAAAACCAUACGGUUUGCUCUGGCUCAUCUACCCUUAGCAAGCUCAUCUCGUGGUGGAAUUCUCAUGAUUCAGAUAAAGGAUCUGCCAUCUUGAUGCACCAAGCUGAUUGGUUGCUAUGGCUUCUUCACGGGAAGCUUGGAGUGUCUGACUACAACAAUGCUCUGAAGGUUGGAUAUGAUCCCGAGUCUGAAUCCUAUCCGUCAUGGCUGCUUUCUCAACCAUAUUCAAAACUGUUACCCUCUGUCCAAGAACCUGGAACUUCCAUUGGUUUUAUAAAAGAGGAUAUCAGAGUGAAAUUUGGUUUUCCAACAGAUUGUGUCGUCUGCACCGGAACAACAGAUAGUAUAGCUGCUUUUCUAGCAGCACGUGCCACACAACCUGGGAAAGCUGUCACUUCUUUGGGUUCGACACUGGCUAUUAAACUCCUCAGCACACAUCGAAUCGAGGAUGCACGAUUUGGGGUGUAUAGUCAUCGCCUUGAUGAUAAUUGGCUUGUUGGAGGUGCCUCAAAUACUGGGGGAGCUGUUCUUAAACAGAUUUUCACUGACAAUGAAUUGGAGCAAUUGAGUAACCGAAUUAAUCCAUUGGAACCUUCUCCUCUAGACUAUUACCCUUUACCGGCUGUUGGUGAAAGAUUUCCUGUGGCAGACCCAAAAAUGGAACCCAGGUUACAUCCACGCCCAGAAGAUGAUGCAGAGUACUUACAUGGCAUUCUAGAAUCCAUUGCACGCAUCGAGGCAAAGGCUUACUCAUUACUAAAGGAGCUUGGUGCAACUGAAGUAGAGGAAGUGUUUACUGCUGGAGGGGGUGCGAAAAACAAGCAAUGGAUAAAGAUACGGGAGAGGGUGCUUGGUUUACCUGUGAGUCGAGCAAUGAAUACUGAGGCAGCAUAUGGAGCUGCUCUGCUGGCAUUGAGGGGUGCCCAACAAAACUGUAACUGAGUUUAGGAUAUAUAUUCUGUAAACAUCUAAUCAUCUAGGAAUGGUGGGUGAGAUGUUAAUGAACUAAGACAUGAAUUAUACAAUGUUGAGAAUUAGAAUCAGAAUUCCAACAACUAAGAUUUUUGAACUUUGCUGCUUAGUGUGGUUGACAUUUUGUUUCCUUUCACUUCGAAUUCUGUAAAUUAAACAAUGGAACAAUAUAAAGAAGUUUGAUUGCAUGAA